UCUGUUAAGUUCCAAACUGUGAAAUUCAGCAAUGAUACACUGUGGAAAAAAGCAUAUUUGUGCUGUUGUUGCAUGUAUUAUUGCAAGCUUUUUAAUCUGCUCCUGGAAAGCUCAGCUACAGAAUAAUACAACUAGAAAAAUCUUCCCCCAGGCAAGAAAUGCCAGUACAGCAAGUCAGCUUUGUAGGGGAAAAUAUGCUCAAAAUGUAAUAACAGCAUUAAAAGAUAACAGAACUUUUAUUAUAUCCCCAUACUUUGAUGACAGAGAAAGCAAAGUCACUCGUGUGAUUGGGAUUGUUCACCAUGAGGAUGUAAAACAACUAUACUGCUGGUUCUGCUGUCAGCCCGAUGGAAAGAUGUAUGUAUCAAAAGCAAAAAUUGAUGUUCACUCAGAUAGAUUUGGAUUUCCUCACAGUGCAGCAGAUAUAGUUUGUUUGGAACCCAACAACUGUGAGCCAUCACAUGUAUCGAUUCAUCAGUCUCCACAUGGAAAUACUGACCAGCUGCCAAGGUUUGAAAUUAAAAACCGCAAGGCUGAGACCUUUUCUGUUGACUUCACUGUAUGCAUCUCUGCCAUGUUUGGAAAUUACAACAAUGUCUUGCAGUUUAUACAGAGUAUGGAAAUGUACAAGAUUCUUGGGGUACAGAAAGUGGUGAUCUAUAAGAACAACUGCAGCCAUCUGAUGGAGAAAGUCUUGAAGUUUUAUAUGGAAGAAGGAACUGUAGAGAUAAUUCCCUGGCCAAUAAACUCACACCUCAAGGUUUCUUCUAAAUGGCAUUUCAUGCAAGAUGGAACACACAUUGGCUACUAUGGACAAAUCACAGCUUUAAAUGACUGUAUAUACCGUAACAUGCAGAGGAGCAAGUUUGUGGUUCUUAUUGAUGCUGAUGAAAUAAUUCUUCCCCUUAAGCACCCAGACUGGAUGACAAUGAUGAGCAGUCUUCAGGAGCAAAACCCGGGGACUGGCAUUUUCCUCUUUGAGAACCAUAUCUUCCCAGAAACCAUAUCUACUCAUGUGUUCAACAUUUCAUCCUGGAAUACUGUGCCGGGUGUUAACAUAUUACAGCAUGUUCACAGAGAGCCCGACAGGAAAGAUGUAAUCAAUCCCAGGAAAAUGAUAAUUGAUCCGCGAAAGGUGAUUCAGACUUCAGUCCACUCUGUCCUACAUGCUUAUGGCAACAGUGUGAAUGUUCCCGUGGAUGUUGCCCUCAUUUAUCACUGUCGGGUGCCCCUUCAAGGAAACCUUCCCAGAGAAUCCCUCAUCAGGGAUACAACACUGUGGAGAUAUAACUUAUCGUUAAUCAUGAAUGUUAACAAGGUGCUAUAUCAAACCAUACUGUAAGCUCAAAAGUGAAACCUCGGUUAUAAGGAGGGAAAGUGGAGAGCUACUCGUAUGGUGGGGAGGCAGAGGGUAUAAUUUAAAGAUCGUAUUAAAAUCGCUUCCACAUGAAGCCUACAUCUUACAGAGAUUUAGGACAACAGCCCUUUUAUGUCCCGUACAAAGGUAAAUGCAUUUGAUUUGUGAACUGAAUCAAGGUACCUUGUAAGAGUCCACAGUGAUCGAGUGCUGGUUAAGAAUUGGGUUCCUCAGGUAAAGUCUUUACUGCAACUUUGUAAGAUGUGAGAGCUGACGUAUAGUGAGAAGACAGAUAGCUCUUUUAUAUGCCUAUAACUAUGAAAGGGCAUUAUUCAAGGCCUAGGAAGUGACCAUGCAGAUAUUAGAAAAUUAAUGUACUGAUUUCCAGCUUUCUCUCUUUUUCUUUUCCCAUCUUCAUAUAUGUUUUAGCUAGUACAAUGAACCUGUAAACUACCUGAAGAAGGAAUGAAUUAAUUUUUGGUUAUUUGUAUCUCUGAAGUGCUUGGUGGAUAAAAAAAUACAGCUGUGCUUAGUGGUGCCUGUUAAAAGAUGGCUUGGGACAGCAUCUCCCAAGUGAAGAGCUGCAUUGGCUUUAACACUGUAACUCAUUAUAAUCACAGUGGCAGGAUGAGAAAACAUGCCACCUGUAGCACUGGAACUGUCACUUUUUAGAGGUAUUUCUUCUUAAGGGAAAUGGGAAUUUGUAGCAGAGCCAUGGGUCAUUUAAUGAUACCAAGGAUCAAUGCAGAUGGUAUUACUUCUGGAAGAUGUAAAAUUAGUUUGGUUUCAAUUAAAAAAAAAUAUCAGUACUUCUCAACUGAUUCAGCUAAUGCAAAAGUUUUCAACCUAUGCACAAAAAAAUACAACUACAGUCAUUAGUAUCAAAGGUAAUGUUGCUUAAUUCUUGCAGUUUGUAUGUCACCGAGUACAAAAUUUGUAUGUACCAUGUUGAGUAAAAGGUAAACAAAUAGAUUGUGAAAAUAAUUGAGCAAAAUCUACCAGUUUCAACUGUAAAAAAAUGAACCCCUUAUAUUCUUGGAAAUAGUGUUUGUUAAAGUGGUGAUGUAUUGUAACACUAAA